GUGGCCGGGGCGCCCCCCGCGCCCGCGCGGCCUCGCCCCGGCGUGGCUCAAGUUGGAAAUUGAGCGGAGAAUUGAAUUUCCCGGGAACCGAGCCUCGGCCGCCGCCGGAGCGAUGUUCCCGCAGAGCCGGCACCCGACGCCGCACCAGGCUGCUGGCCAGCCCUUCAAGUUCACCAUCCCGGAGUCCCUGGACCGCAUCAAGGAGGAGUUCCAGUUCCUGCAGGCGCAGUAUCACAGCCUUAAAUUGGAAUGUGAGAAACUGGCAAGUGAAAAGACAGAAAUGCAGAGGCACUAUGUGAUGUAUUAUGAAAUGUCAUAUGGAUUAAACAUAGAAAUGCAUAAACAGACUGAGAUCGCCAAGAGAUUGAAUACAAUCUGUGCACAAGUCAUCCCAUUUCUGUCUCAGGAACACCAGCAACAGGUGGCUCAAGCAGUGGAGCGCGCCAAGCAGGUGACCAUGGCAGAGCUGAAUGCCAUCAUCGGGGUACGUGGCCUCCCGGGUCUGCCUCCUACACAGCAGCAGUUGCAAGCCCAGCAUCUCUCUCAUGGCCAUGGACCCCCCGUCCCCCUCACACCUCACCCUUCAGGACUCCAGCCUCCUGGACUCCCGCCCCUCGGGGGCAGUGCCGGCCUCCUGGCACUGUCCAGUGCUCUGAGCGGGCAGUCUCACUUGACAGUAAAAGAUGACAAGAAGCACCACGAUGCAGAGCACCACAGAGACAGAGAGCCAGGCACGAGUAAUUCCCUCUUGGUUCCAGACAGUCUCAGAGGCACAGAUAAGCGCAGAAAUGGGCCCGAAUUUUCCAAUGACAUCAAGAAAAGAAAGGUGGAUGAUAAGGAUUCCAGCCACUAUGAUAGUGAUGGUGACAAAAGUGAUGACAACUUAGUUGUGGAUGUGUCCAAUGAGGACCCCUCUUCUCCGCGAGCAAGCCCCGCCCAUUCCCCCCGGGAAAAUGGAAUCGAAAAAAAUCGCUUGAUAAAGAAGGAUGCUUCGAGCAGCCCGGCGUCUACGGCCUCCUCGGGAAGUUCUGCAUCUCUGAAAUCCAAAGAAAUGAGCUUGCAUGAGAAAGCCAGCACGCCUGUUCUGAAAUCCAGCACACCGACGCCACGGAGCGACGUGCCAGCGCCGGGCACCAGCGCCACCCCCGGCCUCCGUCCAGGCCUCGGCAAGCCGCCAGCCAUGGACCCCCUCGUCAACCAAGCGGCGGCUGGCCUGAGGACACCCCUGGCUGUGCCAGGCCCCUACCCUGCCCCCUUUGGGAUGGUGCCCCACGCGGGCAUGAACGGGGAGCUGACCAGCCCCGGCGCUGCCUACGCCAGCCUGCACAACAUGUCCCCGCAGAUGAGUGCCGCGGCCGCGGCCGCCGCCGUGGUGGCCUACGGGCGCUCCCCGAUGGUCGGCUUUGACCCCCCACCUCACAUGAGAGUCCCUACGAUCCCUCCAAACCUGGCAGGCAUCCCGGGGGGGAAACCGGCCUACUCCUUCCACGUCACAGCCGACGGUCAGAUGCAGCCUGUCCCCUUCCCCCCCGACGCUCUCAUUGGACCCGGCAUCCCCCGGCACGCUCGGCAGAUCAACACCCUGAACCACGGGGAGGUGGUGUGCGCAGUGACCAUCAGCAACCCCACCAGACACGUGUACACGGGGGGCAAGGGCUGCGUCAAGGUCUGGGACAUCAGCCACCCGGGCAACAAGAGCCCCGUGUCCCAGCUCGACUGCCUGAACAGGGAUAACUACAUCCGCUCCUGCAAAUUGCUGCCCGAUGGCUGCACCCUGAUCGUGGGCGGGGAGGCCAGCACCCUGUCCAUCUGGGACCUGGCCGCCCCCACCCCGCGCAUCAAGGCGGAGCUGACAUCCUCCGCACCCGCCUGCUACGCCCUGGCCAUCAGCCCGGACUCCAAGGUGUGCUUCUCGUGCUGCAGUGACGGCAACAUCGCUGUGUGGGACCUGCACAACCAGACACUCGUGAGGCAGUUCCAGGGCCACACCGAUGGGGCCAGCUGCAUCGACAUCUCCAACGAUGGCACCAAGCUCUGGACGGGUGGCCUGGACAACACCGUCCGCUCCUGGGACCUGCGGGAAGGGCGGCAGCUGCAGCAGCACGACUUCACCUCCCAGAUCUUCUCCCUAGGCUACUGCCCCACGGGGGAGUGGCUGGCCGUGGGCAUGGAGAGCAGCAACGUGGAGGUGCUGCACGUCAGCAAGCCCGACAAGUACCAGCUGCACCUGCACGAGAGCUGCGUGCUGUCCCUCAAGUUCGCCUACUGUGGAAAAUGGUUUGUGAGUACUGGAAAAGACAACCUCCUCAAUGCUUGGCGGACCCCUUACGGCGCUAGCAUAUUCCAGUCCAAAGAGUCUUCGUCCGUGCUUAGCUGUGACAUCUCUGUGGAUGAUAAGUACAUAGUCACGGGCUCAGGGGACAAGAAGGCCACUGUCUAUGAAGUCAUCUACUGAGAACAUUGUUGGAUUUAACGUUUAUAGUUGAAUUGGGCCAAAAUGUUUUGAAUUUGUAGAAAUAGAAACAUUAUAACUUUUAAAGAAGUAAAGCAACAGGAGAGCCUGUUUCUAAGCUUCGAGGACACAGAACUGCUUGGAGUCUGCUGGCAGCAGAAGGCCCCCGUCUGCCUGGACCUCGGAGCCGGCCGUUGGUGACACACGGGCCAGGGAGGCUGAGGAGUGGAGCCCACUGACGCCACCCCAGGGUCCCGCCCGAGUUACCUUUCUGUCUUUGCGCUUCCCUGACGCCCCGCCCUCGGUAGAGCAGUGCUGUCUCCAAUGAACUUGUUUCCUGGUUUGCAUCUUGUGAAAUGUUCUUUUGUAUUUUUGUUGAAGGUGAAACAUUUGUAUAAAUUGUAAAUAUAUUUGGUUUAUUACAGUAAAGGCUUUAGUACCAAUAA